GUGGGAUCACGCGCCACCUCCUCCUCGGCUGCAUCGAUGGCAAACACAAGCGAGUUUGGGGAGAGCAGCGCGUCCCUACAGAACUACGCGUCCGCGGCCUCUGCGGUCAAGCUGGCCUCGCUGGGGCUGAUCACGGGCGUCAGCCUGCUGGGCAACGCGUCGCUGUCGCUGCUGCUGCUGAAGGACGCGUCGCUGCACCGGGCGCCCUACUACUUCCUGCUGGACCUGUGCCUGGCCGACGCGCUGCGCGCCGCCCUCUGCUUCCCCUUCGUGAUGGCGGCGAUCGGCGGCGGCUCGGCGUGGCCGUACGGCGCGCUCAGCUGCAAGAUCGUCGCCUUCAUGUCGGUGCUCUUCUGCUUCCACGUCGCCUUCCUGCUCUUCUGCGUCAGCGUCACGCGCUACAUGGCGAUCGCCCACCACCGCUUCUACUCCAAGCGGAUGAACCUGUGCACGUGCGUGGCGGUGAUCUGCAUGGUGUGGACCCUCUCCGUGGCCAUGGCCUUCCCGCCGGUCUUCGACGUGGGCACCUACAAGUUCAUCCGCGAGGAGGAGCAGUGCAUCUUCGAGCACCGCUACGUGAAGGCGAACGACACGCUGGGCUUCAUGCUGAUGCUGGCGGUCAUCGUGGGGACGACCCACGUGGUCUACGUCAAGAUGCUGUGCUUCGUCUACGACCACCGCAAGAUGAAGCCGGCGCAGCUGGUCCCGGCCAUCAGCCAGAACUGGACCUUCCACGGGCCCGGCGCCACGGGCCAGGCCGCCGCCAACUGGAUCGCGGGCUUCGGGCGCGGGCCGACGCCGCCCACGCUGGUGGGCAUCCGGCAGGCCACGCACCCGGGCAACAGGCGGCUGCUGGUGCUGGACGAGUUCAAGAUGGAGAAGCGCAUCGGGAAGAUGUUCUACAUGAUCACGCUGACCUUCCUGGUCAUGUGGGCGCCCUACAUCAGCGCGUGCUACCUGCGGAUAUUCGUGCGCGGCGUGCCGGUGCCGCAGCUCUACCUGACGGCCGCCGUGUGGAUGAGCUUCGCGCAGGCCGGGGCCAACCCCAUCAUCAGCUUCCUCUUCAACAAGGAGCUGCGGAUGAGGCUGCGGGCCUGCUUCCCCUGCUGCCUGGGCACGCAGACCCCCAUGGAGCCCUACUGCGUGAUCUGAAGACCGCCGGCCCCCCCGGGAAAAAACAUACUGCC